AUGGCGCGGCCGGAGAAUUACGGCCCGACAAUCAACGCGGUAGUCUGGUCCCAGGUUGGACUUUCGGCUCUCUUCUUAGGUCUAAGGGUUUACUGCAAAUUCAAGAAGCGUAGUGGUCUUUGGUGGGACGACCAUGUGCUCAUAGCUUCUUGGGUCACCCUCUUGAUCGCGUCGGCACUCACCUCCGUCAACGUAUCCCUCGGCUUUGGCAAGCAUGUCUACCAGAUCAACCCCGUAAACUUUCCUCCGAUUGGCCUCAAUGGUAACGUCAUCAGCACAAUAUCCAUCACCUCAGCAGUGUGGAGCAAGACGUCUUUCGCGAUGACGCUUCUCCGGAUCGAGGAGAAGGGUUGGACGAGGUAUAUCAUUUGGACAGCCAUCAUCUCCAUGAAUAUUCUAAUGGCUUUGAACGCCAUGGCUGCUUGGGUCCAGUGCUCUCCCAUCCAGAAAUUCUGGCUGCCCCAGACGCCGGGGAAAUGUUGGGAUCCCAAGGUCGCCGCAUAUUAUGGCGUCUUCGCUGCAGCUUACUCCGCUUUGAUGGAUAUCAUGCUGGCGCUGCUGCCCUGGAAGCUGAUUUGGGGGCUUCAAAUGAAAUUACAGGAGAAGAUUGGAGUGGGCAUUGCCAUGAGUAUGGGUCUGCUUGCUGGAGCAACCGCCAUUGUCAAGUGCACAGCUAUUCCAACUCUUCUCUCUGGAGAUUUUACAUACGAUGGCAGCGACCUCGUCAUCUGGGGAACCUGCGAGUCGAGCGUCACCAUCAUGGCGGCCUCCAUCCCUGUUCUCCGCGUUCUCGUUCGAGAUGUCGCGAGCACUGCUCGCAAGUACUAUGGCUCCUCCGGCACCCACACCAACGGGUCCCGAUUCGGCCACGGCGGCAGCGGUAUUACUCGAAGUAACACGGUGACAGUAACGACGACAUCGUCUCAAAAGGGCUCCAUUCGGAGAAAGUGGGACAAGCUGGCCGAUGACCGGAGCGACAAGAGCAUACUUGAGGUCGAGCCUGAACUGGAAUUCGGCAAGAUCGUCCGGACGAAUGAGAUUGUGGUUCAAUACGACACGAGAAGUGUGAUUGAAGGGCAUAAUGGGAGCUAUGAGAUGGGUCGCGUGAACCCAGGGCGUAUGGUUUAA